AAAUAAACUCUCUAAUAGGUUAAUCUAUUGGCGGGUACGUUAGUCACCUUUCCCUGGCAUCUUGUGAACGCCAUUGUGAACUUUAACGACUUUGGAAGAAGGCAUCAGUAAUCGGUGAUUUUCUGUGCCAUCGGUGUUUAUUAGCAGUUUUUCUUGUAAAGACUAUUCAAAUCCUAUCAAAACCAUGGCUGCAGAACAAGAAAUGCCCACAUUUAAGUGUGUGCUAGUCGGAGAUGGAGGUACUGGAAAAACCACAUUCGUAAAACGCCAUUUGACUGGUGAAUUCGAAAAAAAAUAUGUAGCCACUUUAGGUGUCGAAGUUCACCCCUUAGUGUUCCACACUAACCGAGGUCCCAUUCGUUUCAAUGUCUGGGACACUGCCGGUCAAGAGAAAUUCGGGGGACUUCGUGAUGGAUACUAUAUUCAGGGACAAUGUGCCAUCAUCAUGUUUGACGUCACUUCUCGUGUGACAUACAAAAAUGUACCGAACUGGCACAGAGAUCUCGUUCGAGUCUGUGAAAAUAUCCCAAUUGUGCUCUGUGGCAACAAAGUAGACAUUAAGGACAGAAAAGUUAAGGCUAAAAGCAUCGUGUUCCACCGAAAGAAGAAUUUACAAUAUUAUGACAUCUCUGCUAAAUCAAACUACAACUUCGAAAAGCCCUUCCUAUGGCUCGCUAGAAAGCUGAUCGGCGAUCCCAACCUGGAGUUCGUCGCCAUGCCCGCCCUAGUGCCCCCAGAAGUCCAGAUGGACCCCCACUGGCAACAACAAAUCGAAAAGGAUCUCAAAGAGGCUCAAGAGACGGCCCUGCCAGAGGAUGAUGAGGAUUUAUAAAUUAAUUACCAACCAUUUUGUAUAAUAAAAUUUUAUUAAGACUUAACUCAAGAACUAAUUUAUGUUAAAUUAACUUGUGUGUGGCCUGAUGGCGGGCUGUUGAUAUUUUUAUAAGCUAUGCCUGUUUUCUAAAUUUGUCAAAUGAGUUUGUCUGGUACUGCUCAAUCGGGGCGUCUGUAUGAUUGCGGAAGGAUUGAAAUUCUGUGCUUAAAUUUUUUGUAAUUACCUUCAGUUCUUAUUCAUGUGAAAUAGACAAUAGUGUUACUUUAUUAAUAAACCGUUUUUCACUA